CAUUCUUUUAAAACCGAAAGCAACGAAAUUUACGCCAGAAGCAGUCGAAUAUCGACGAAACCAUGGUUCUUGCUAUAAUGAAGAUAAUAAAUUCGAGGAUGGUCCGAACGGCUACUCACCAAGUACCCGCAAUUCAUUUUCGAUCCGGCGACCAGCGGCGGCGGUGAGGCUUCUCUUUCUCAUUUCUUCCAGUUUCCCAUGUGGUAAUGCCAAAAUUAAGAAUUGCACGGUGGAUGUUUCAUGACAUCAUUGAUAGAUGACCUUUGUUCAUAUCAACUUCUGCAAAUUUUCUCACACUGGCUUAUAUGAAUCAAAUGAGCAAAAAGACCAUCCUCUCAAAAAUCAUCGGUAAGAAGCACCAUUUAUUCUCCUCUCCGUUUUUCUGUUUACCCUCCAGACUUCUAGUUUUUCAAAUACACUAUGAUGUAGCCACCUGCAAUUUUGUUCUCCAAUCAUAUGCCAACCACAAGAAUCUCACUAAAGGAAAACAGCUUCAUUCCUUAAUGAUCACUUCUGGAUUUAUUCAUUUGCCUUCAUCCAUUACUAGCUUGAUCAACAUGUACUCUAAAUGCAAUCAAAUGGAACAGGCUGUUUUAGUUUUCCACGAUCCAUAUCGUGAGCGUAAUGUGUUUGCAUACAAUGCAAUAAUUGCUGGAUUUGUUGCAAAUGGACUUGCAGCACAUGGGUUUCAGUUUUAUAAGAGAAUGAGGUCAGUGGGUGUAAUGCCUGAUAAGUUCACUUUUCCAUGUGUAGUUAGAGCUUGUUGUGAGUUCAUGGAGGUUAGGAAGAUUCAUGGUUGUUUAUUUAAAAUGGGAUUGGAGUUGGAUGUGUUUGUUGGCAGUGCUCUUGUCAAUACUUACUUGAAGGUUGACAUGAUGGAGGAUGCAGAGAAAGUUUUUGAAGAGUUACCCGAGAGAGAUGUUGUGCUUUGGAAUGCAAUGAUCAAUGGUUACACCCAAAUUGGUCGCCUCAACAAAGCAGUAGUGGUUUUUAAGAAUAUGGGUAAAGAAGGGAUUUCACCUUGUAGAUUUACAAUGACUGGAAUUUUGUCUAUUCUUACUUUGAUGAGAGAUAUUAACAAUGGUAGAGCAAUUCAUGGAAUUGUAACAAAAAUGGGUUAUAGUUCAUGUGUUGCAGUUUCAAAUGCACUGAUUGAUAUGUAUGGGAAAUGCAAGCAUAUUGAAGAUGCUUUAAUGAUUUUUGAGAUGAUAAAUGAGAAGGAUUUGUUUUCAUGGAAUUCAGUUAUAUCUGCUCAUGAGCAAUGUGGUGAUCAUGAUAGUACCUUGAGACUUUUUGGCAAGAUGUUAGGUUCUAGGGUUCUACCUGAUGUGGUUACUAUCACUGCUGUACUUCCAGCUUGUUCUCACUUGGCUGCCCUCAUGCAUGGUAGAGAAAUUCAUGGAUAUAUGAUUGUUAACGGAUUGGGAAAAAAUGAAAACGGUGAUGACGUAUUAUUAAACAAUGCUGUUAUGGACAUGUAUGCGAAGUGUGGAUGCAUGAAAAAUGCUGACAUAGUAUUUGAUCUAACAAGGAAUAAGGAUGUGGCGUCUUGGAACAUCAUGAUUAUGGGUUAUGCAAUGCAUGGAUAUGGUAAAGAGGCAUUGGAUAUGUUUCAUCUUAUGUGUGAGGCUCAAAUUAAACCAGAUGCUGUUACAUUUGUUGGAGUUUUAUCUGCUUGUAGUCAUGCAGGUUUUGUACAUCAAGGGCGAUCAUUCUUAACUCGAAUGGAACUUGAAUUUGGUGUGGUUCCAACUAUUGAGCAUUAUACUUGUAUAAUCGACAUGCUCGGUCGAGCAGGACAUGUAGAGGAAGCUUAUGAGCUGGCUCAAAGAAUACCUCUUCAAGAAAACCUUGUUUUGUGGAUGGCAUUAUUGGGAGCAUGUCGACUUCAUGGGAAUGCAGAGUUGGGAAAAGUUGUUGGAGAAAAGAUAACGCGACUUGAACCUGAGCAUUGUGGUAGUGGUAGUUAUAUAUUGAUGUCUAGUAUGUAUGGAGUCGUAGGUCGAUAUGAAGAAGCAUUGGAGGUUAGACGAACAAUGAAUGAACAAAAUGUUAAGAAGACACCAGGUUGUAGCUGGAUUGAACUCAAGGAUGGGCUGUAUGUUUUUAGCAUGGGAGACAGGACACAUCAUGAAUUAAAUGCAUUGAUUAAUUGCCUUUGUGGCAUUGGAUACUUUCAUGAUGAAGUUAUGCAUUCAUUUUAAGCUAUGUUAGUAUUUGCAAUUGAAUUGACCCUUUCUUUUUACCAGAUAGGAAUAAAGGCUUAAAAAACACAUGGAUGAAUUUACAGUUGAUUGAGGAGGGAAUGGAAGAAUGGGCUUCUUUGAACACGCUUACAGAAGACACUCUUCGCAGCAAGGAAGAACGAUUUCCUGUGGCCUUUGGAUCCAUCGAGCACUUUUAAGGUUUGUUCUCUCUAUUAUAAGUUUACGAGUCUCAAUAGGCUGGUUGUUACAUCCCCUCUACAAAAGCAUUUGGAAGGACAAAUACCUAAAGAAGAUAAAAGAGUGUUUUAUGGGGCGGUUUGGGACUUUCCAACUUAAGAACUUGAAAAUUUACUCCAAACAGGCCCUUCGCCAUUGUGCAUGAGACAAUGGCCAAACGGCUCCGUAUUGCCUAGAGGAUGUAUUCUGUGUUCUAUGCAUAAAUUGUAACGAUGUCCAAGAACACUUUUCCUUGUUACAUAGAAUUUCUCUCAUGAGUAUCGAUGCACCAUCCUAAAGUCUUUCAAAUGGUUAAUGACUCUCCCAAGUGAUAUGAAGACCUAAUUGGAGACCUUUGGCCAGCCAUCCUUUCAAGAAUGGCUGCAGAUUAUUAGAGCGCAUUGCACGUGUUUCAUAACAUCUUCAGCCAUGCAUCCACAACUAUUCAUAGAUUCUAUUAUAAUAAUUCUUUUGUUGGUUUAAAUUAUGUUCCCCAUUUACCAUUUAUAGUAUCAUGAUCUUGAAGUUAAUUAGAGCUUUUUUUGUGGUUUCUUUUAUAGGAUCUCUGGUAUAUUUUGUAACAUUUCAAUAGCAUCAAUAAAAUAUUUGUUUUCUAAUAA